CAGAGGGUCGGCGCCGCGUCUGGGUUUUUCAUACGCUCCCUUCCUGUCGGAGUGGUGUGUGUGUGGUGUCAGCCCGCUCACGCCGGGAGCUGUACUCUCUCGCAAGUUACUUGCUAUGACCAAGCAAAUACGAGGGCAAUAACGACGGCUCUCUUUGGAGAAACUGCUUCAGUCCAAACGGAAAAAAAUGGACAGCGAUGACGACAAUGUAGAAGAGGUCGUAGAAGGUACGACAUGCAGAUCCCUAUUCACAAAACACAUGUGCGGCCAAUGGACCAAGAUGAGCUUCCCCAUGGUCUCUGCACCGUCACCUACUCAUCCAGUGACCGUUUUGAGGGACACUUUGUUCAUGGGGAAAAGAAUGGAAAAGUUAUCCAAGAUAUGGCUGCCCUGGUGUCUCAGACGUGAUUAUGAAUCAUGUUUAGAUGAUAUGCUAGAGGGUUUCUACGUGGACGAUGCCCUCCACGGGCUGGGAGUGUACACAUACGAGGAUGGCGGCACGUUGCAUGGGACAUAUGUGGAUGGUGAGCUCAAUGGGCCUGCUCAGGAGUUCGAUCCAGAAGGCCACCUUGUCUUCAGGGGCCAAUACAAGGACAACAUUCGCUGCGGUAUCUGCUGGGUCUACUACCUGGAUCGGGGCUGUGUGGUAGGGGAAGUCAAUGAGGAUGGGGAGUUGACGGGCAAAACAGUGGCUUACAUUUACCCUGAUGGACGCAUGGCUCUGUAUGGCAGUUUCGUGGAUGGAGAACUCAUCGAGGCUCGAUUAGCCACCCUCACCAGUCAGGAGAAUGGCAGACCUCACUUCACUGUUGACUCAGACAGUCCUGUUUAUUCCUAUGACAAAUCCACUUCCUCCUGUAUUGCUGGGCACAAAAUGCUACCAGACCCCUAUGAGAGCCAGCGGGUGUAUGUGGGCCAGUCGUUGAUCUCAGGAGCAGGAGAAGGGCUGUUUGCCAAAACUGAGGCAGAUGCAAACACUGUAAUGGCCUUUUACAAUGGAGUGCGCAUCACACACUCAGAGGUGGAUCGUCGGGAUUGGUCCCUGAAUGGUAACACCAUUUCAUUGGAUGAAGACACAGUGAUUGAUGUUCCUGAACCAUUCAACCUCACAACAAAUUACUGUGCAUCACUUGGACACAAGGCCAAUCACUCCUUUACCCCAAACUGCAAAUACGACCCGUUUGUGCAUCCACGCUUUGGGCCAAUAAAGUGCAUUCGUACAAUCUGCGCAGUUCAGAAAGAUGAGGAACUCACGGUUGCUUAUGGUUAUGACCAUGGGCCUUCUGGGAAUUCGGCUCCAGAGGCUCCAGACUGGUACAAACAGGAACUGCGUGAGUUUCAGGAGAGACAGAUGGAAAGGGGAGGAGUGCUGGACACUUGUUAAAAAGCCUCCCCCUGGCACGCGUCCAAAAACCUCUCACAUCAUGCCAAACACUGCUACUACACGACUCUCCAAAUCUGCCCUUUUCCUUUGUUGAUGUUAGCUAGUGCUAACAAACAACUGUGUUUUUAAUACUUUAUCACUAUCUUAGAACUGUGCAGUUUUGUUUACUUUCUUUGAUUCAGAAGCUAAGCCGCUAGGCUGCUUGCAAGUCCUCUUCCCACCUACCUUCUGAUCAACCUGAGAGACUAUCUUCUUCAUUGUGGAGG